AUGGCUGACGAGGAGAUCAACUAUGAGAGCGACGCGGGGUUAGAUUCUAUUUUCUUCACCCGCCCCAAGGGCCCGAAUCCUCCGCCUACGCCGUAUCUUUACGUGGCAAACUGCGGUGCUGAGGCGGAGAUGACGGAUGCAGCCCUUGCUGACGUGUUCUCCUCCUUCGGCCACGUCCGCCGCGUCGUCCCGGCCGGCGCCGCCAAUCUCACCCGCAUUUUUGUCGUUUUCGGCGGGCGCUCGCGCGCUGAGGCCUCCGCUGCGGCGGAAGCUGCACUGCAGGCGCUGAGCGGAAAGCCGUGCGCGGACGCGGGCGGUAGGAAGAUGCACAUCCAGUUCGCCGUGGGGAAGCGAUCCGCGCCGGUGGAGCAUCCGGUGGUACACCACAAUGUUGACGCGCUCGCUAUACCGGGGCUGUUCCUCCACCUCGAUUUUGUCACACCCGAGAUGGAACAGAGUCUUUUGGAGUUUGCGGAUGGCAACGAUUGGCAUUAUCUGACAAAGAGGCGCGUUCAGCACCACGGUUACGCUUUCAACUACACUACACGAGACAUCGAGAAAGACAAGUGGAUCGGCCCGCUGCCCGCAGCAGUGUCGGAUUUUGUUUCGCGGGCAGAACAGCUGCCCGAGCUCACGGGCUGCCCGGAAGUUUGCAUGCCGCUGGACCAACUAACGAUCAACGAGUACGGGGCAGGGGUGGGCCUGGCACCGCACAUCGACACGCAUGCUGCAUUCGAGGGUGCUGUUCUCUCCCUCUCCCUGGCUGGCCCUGCGAUUAUGGAGUUCAGGAGACCCCUCGGGCCGCAACCCGUGGGGAAACAACCACUGGGGAAGAAAAAGGUUGUUGGUGGGAGCAGUGGGAGCAGUGAACAGGGUGUGGGGAGUGAGAUUAGUAGGGGCAGCAAUGGAAAGUGUGAGAGCAGUGACAGUGCCUGUUGCAGCAGCGACGACAAUAGCAGAGGCAAUGGUGCUGUCAGUGGUGUCAGCCAAAACAGCACUAACCAUAGCAGCAGCAACAGCAGUGACUGUAGCGCAGUUAGAGCUGAGGAAAAAGCCGGAGUAGAAGCUAAGGAGGUAGCAACACCAAAUGAGAGGAGAGCGGAGGAGAAUCGAGAAGAGGAGAGGAGAGCAGAAGAGAAGAAAACCGAGGAAAGGAGAGCAGAGGACAGGAGAGUGCUCUUCCUACCCCCUCGCUCCCUCCUAGUCCUAACAGGGGAGGCCCGAUACGCGUGGUCUCACUACAUUCCCAACCACAAGAUCGACCACAUCAACGGUCAGGUUUUCCCGCGCGCCCCCCGCCGCGUUUCUUACACCUUCCGGAGGGUUCGGUUCGGCCCGUGCGGGUGUGCUUACCCUGAGUUCUGUGAUGCUCCCAGAAUGGAAAGUGUUGCCGAAAAUGGAAAAGUGUCGACUGAUAGGGACAGGGCAGCGGGAAGUGAGGGACUGUUGGUGGAGGGAUCGGGAGCAGAGAAAUUGCUUGUGAAGCAGAAGGGACGUGAGGGGAUGAGGGAGAGAGUGGGAGAUGGGUGUUGUGGAGGGAGUGUGGUGACACACUCUCACGAAGGGGUGGCAGAGUGUGGGGAGGAGGGGGAGAAGGGAAAGAAGGAAGAGCAGAGAAUGGGAGGAGGGAACGAUGGGGAACCUGUGAUGACGCACUCGCAUGAAGGAGUGGAGGAGCGCGCAGAGGAGGAAAGGGCAGAGAGGGAGGAUGGGAAAGAGAGCUCCAUCCCCCCUCAUGUUGAUCCUCCGAACCUUCUCGACUCUCCUCAAACCACCCCAGCAGUAGAGCGAGACUUUGUGCACAAGGUAUACGACGCCAUAGCGCCGCAUUUCAGCGCGACACGUUUCGCGCGCUGGCCCAAGGUAGCUGAGUUCCUGCUCUCCCUCCCACCGGGCUCCCUUGUCCUCGACGCCGGGUGUGGCAACGGGAAGUACCUCAAUGGUGGGCUGCCCAUUCCCCCUGCUCUCCCUUCUGCUGCCUCUGUGUCUGUCUCUGCGUCUUCCUCUUUGUCAAUGCGCACUUCCUCCUCCCCGUUCCCUUCCUCCUCCUCCACUCCUUCCUCCUCCACCCCCUUCCCUCCCUCCUCCUCCCCUUCCUCCGCCCCUACCCGCCCACCGGCCGUUCUGAUUGGCUGCGACAUCAGCCCGCCUCUCGUCUCCAUCUGCACUCAGCGGGGCUUUGAGGCCUUUGUAGCCGAUACCCUCUCGCUCCCCCUCGCUUCCUCGCGCUUCGACGCGGCGAUUUCCGUGGCCGUUUUGCACCACUUGUCGUCUGAAACCCGGCGGAAACACGCGCUAAGAGAGAUGCUUAGGGUGGUGAGGAAGGGGGGUAGGGUGCUGGUGACUGUGUGGGCGAGGGAGCAGGAGAAUCCGGGGUUGCUUGACAAGUGGACGCCGCUGAUUGGCCGGAUGGCGGAUAAGUGGGUGGGGGAUGUGGAGGCAGCUGGAGGGGAGGAGAAGGGAGGGGAGAGGGAAGGGAGGGCGGGAGGAGGACUGGGGGGGAUCGAGGAGGAAAGAGAGACCAGUAACGAGGAGAAUGCGUGUCCAAGGAGGGGCUCAGCUGGAAAAGAGGUUCCAGGAGAAAAGGGAGCAACAGCAGGGGAAGGGAUGAGUGAGGAGAGUGCAGCUGGGGGCAGUGGGGAAAAGAACCCAAACCCAGAACUUGGAAGGGGAGGGUCGGGGGAAGAAAGGACAGGAGAGUCUGAGCAAGGGAAAGUGACAGGAGAGGAAGCUUCCCAGGAGUUUCUGGUCCCGUGGCACCUGCCAUGUCAUCGAGUGGAGAUAGGCUCGGCAGCAGCUGCACAGCAUGUAGCCUCGGGAUUUGCUCGGCGCGAUGAAGCGAAGGGGUCGGUGGUGUACAACCGAUAUUAUUAUGUUUUCACUCAAGGAGAGCUGGAGAGGCUCAUCACAGAGAUUGGUGGUGCAUCAAUUGUUGAGAGCUUUUACGACAAAUCCAAUUGGUACUCUGCCAGCAAGACGGGGAAGCGCGCAACUUUGAUCUCCGCCAAACAGCUGAACUCCCACUCUGAGAAGGGGCGCGAGCAGGACGCGCAACUUCCAGCGCCACACGCGCGCAGUCCGCGGCCGUGCGUUGGAACAGGGAGCUGCGCCGCAGGGGAUUCGGUUGGUGCAGCUCUCCGUUGGAUUGAGCUCGACGGGAGUUCUCCCCCCCGGGGUUCCGAUAGUCUAGACCGACCAAACGGGGACUCUGCGUCCUGGCUGAAGCGAUACCUGAGCUGCUGGUCAGCGUACAGCACGGCUGGGUUGAAGUCUCACGCCGCGCUACGGCAAUCCCUAGAAGCGGGACAAAUACCCACUCUCCACGAAUACCUCCUAUACCGAGCGACAACAAACGUCGCCUGGCCGACAAUGCUCCUCGCGGCGACUCAGCACCACCUCCCCCCUCUCUCCGAUUCCUCCUUCCAAGCCCUCCUCCCUCUCAUCUUCACCGCAGCCGCUCUCACAGCUCUCUCCGCUGAUUCCCUCCUCGUGACUCGUGGCAAACUCGCGACGUCAGCUUCCUUAUCCGCUGCGCAGCUGUUCGACGGGGAGACGAAUCUUCUCCUCCAGAACUCCCUAGCCGUCGCUUUCUCUGCUGUCGCCAGGCGGAUCGAACUGGAGGCGGAGGAUCUGCCCGAAGGUGACGAACGCGCGUCGUUGCUGGGGUUUGUGCGCGUCGCUAAGAGCGCCGUUCACGGCGUCAUGGCGUGGUACGGCUGCGCAUGGCGAUUCCGAGCGCAGCCGGCUGCGAAAACGGCGACGGCUGAAGCUAACGCUGGUUCGGAUGAUGAAGGGGAUAAGAUUACCGUGGAGGGAUGCGGCGUGGAGUUAAUUAACGACGUGCCUCAAUGGCUUAUGGAUGAGAUCGAGACUGCUGCUGGCGACUUCUCUGCGUUGCAUUAA